AUGUUCAAUGUGUCCAAGACGGUCGCCAAGAUUUCUCUCCUACUUCAAUACCGCCGAAUCUUCCGAGGGACACUCACAGCGUCCGCCUGUCGGUGGCUUAUGGGAUUCGUCCCAGUCUGGUGCAUUGUCACGAUCUUCCUCGUGUCAUUUGCGUGCACGCCGAUGGCGCAACUGAACACGAACCUUACAGAUAUCUGCCUGCCCAGCCUCACAGUCUGGCUUCUUACGUCCUCGAUCAGUCUCGUCACAGACUUCGCGGUCGUGAUCCUACCUAUACCUGCCACGUGGGCUCUCCAGCUGGACAAGAAGCAGCGGGUCGUUCUUAUUGUUUUGUUCGGCGUUGGUUUCUGCACUGGUGUCGUCGCGUUCGUACGGAUAUUCACGCUCAAGACGACAUUGCUUAACCUAGACACCUCCUGGAACGAGGCACCCAUCACCUAUCUCGGCGUCAUCGAAGUCAACAUCGCGAUCGCCUGUGCUUGUGUCAUCACACUGCGACCCCUGCUCGUCACAUGGUUCCCUAGCGUAUUCAAGAACUCGUACGGCAACAUGGACCGCUACUUUCCACCCGAAAACAAUAAUGCAUACUUUGGCACGAAGAAAUCUUCGAGGGAUACCGGAUCCCAUAUAGCACCGUCAGUCGAGAUAUACGGCCUGGCCGACCUCGAGGUUGCUCAGGUUGUAGGGAUCACCAGCAGCCAGGAAGAGCUAACAAGCCCGGCUUACUUUGAGCCGGCGCACCUCGCAAGCCAUCGAAACGCCUCGGGCUUGCAGGCAUCCGCCAGCCCCCCUGCACCGCGAACACCCUCACGGGUAAUUACCGGCGGCCCGUCCCCGGCGGGCAAGCUACAGAACCCGCGCGACAUUAUGGUCACCACGGAGACCACGGUCAAGGUGGAGAAAGUAGAGCAGGGCACUGGCAGGGGGCUGAGGCGGGACCACCAGAGCUGGCUCACAGAGUCGUCUCACGGUGGUGAUGAGCGCUGA